AUGAAUGAAGAUGCAUUGAGACGAAUAAAAAGUACAUUAAAAUUGGAAUAUUAUUUGAUGAAUGAUGAAUGGCUACGAGAUUGUGUAGAAUUCUAUGUAGAUCAACAUGGAAAUCCAAGUAUAGAAGAAAUUUUACAAUUUGUGAAGGUACAGUGGCAGCUUAGUGAUUUGCGUGAAAUUAGUAAUGAAAAUGGAAGUUUGCCUUGUAAUCUUGCACAACAUAAAUUUAUUAUGUUAUCUGAAAAUUAUAUUCUUCAGGUAGAACAAAUGUAUGAUAUUGCAACAUCAAAAUAUAAACAAUUAGAAGAAAUUAGAAACACUCAUAUUUCAGAAGUGGAAUUAACUGAAGCUGAAAAGGCAGAUAAGUGGGAACUUCCUAAAAAAAGAAUGAUACAACUGCGAUUAACAGAUGGAGUGCAAGAUGUAAUUGGAAUUGAAUAUAGUCACAUACCUCGAUUAAAUGAUACGUUAUUACCAGGAUAUAAAGUUAUGAUAAUGGGACCUGUAAAAUGUCGUAAAGGUGUUUUGUUAUUAGAAGCAACAAAGCUUAAAGGAGUUGGCGGUGAAGUGGACAGUUUAUUAAUUUCUAAUGCUUUGGAAAACAGUUUAGCUAGAGCUCUAAAUCUUCAGGAAAAUCCUGAUCCUUAUAAUGAUAACCAAACAAAGUCAAAUAAUAUUAAACAAAAAGAAACACAAAUAGAUAAUAGCUUUUUUGAAGAAGAUUUUGAAAUAAACCUUGAAGAAGUUUCAAAAAUUGAAGAGUCACACACUAAAAAUCAGAAACCUAAUAAAGAUAUAAUUAGAACAGAAAUUAAGACAGAAGAUUGUAUACCCCACACUACUAACACUGAAAUUAAAAAAGUUCAAAGUUUCAAGGAAGAAAAUAUCUUUGAUGAGGAUGAUUGCUUUCUAGAAAUGAUUGAUGAACAACAAUUUAUUGAAUCACAUGUGGAGCAGAAAAAUAUUGCAACUCCUUUUAGAGCUUUACCAAAAGAAGGAGGUGAUGACAUUAUUAUAAUAAAUGAAGAAAAUGAUAUUAUAAAUGUGAAAUAUGAUCAUUUAAAAAGAAUUGUGAAAGAAGAAAAACAAAAUUUACAAUCAAAUUCUAAACUGUUUAUUAGCAACACAGAUUCAUCAACUGCUAUAUCAAAUUUAAAAAUGGACAGAAAGCAACAACCUUUGUUAAUUUGUGGAAAAAGAAAUGUUCCAAUGUCUCCUCCUUAUACAAUGCCUUUAAAAAAGAGUAAAAUAGAUAGAAAAAUUACAGAAUUUACAAAAGCAACAAAUUCUUGUGAAGAACCAAAAAUUUGUGAAUUUAUUCGUAAUGUGAGUAAUGAACGUGUAACGGAAACUGCUUUCAGAACAAUUCGAGGUCGUGUUGAAAUUCUUGGAAAAUUGACAAAAAAAGAUUCAUUAUGGAUUUUAGAAGCUACAAUAGUAGAUGGUACUGGAACAUUAGAAGUUAUUUUCUCAAAUAAGGUUCUAGAAAAUCUAUUAGGCUUCAACGUCCAAGAGUUUUCAGUAAAAAAGAAGUUGAAAAAAAAUCCAGAAAUCGAACAUGAACUUAGAAUGGGUUUUCGUAGUGCAGAAGAAAAAAUAAAAACUUUGGAUGCCCUUCUGGAAUUAGAAUUAAAUACAAAUAAAAAACCAACAGUAAUUAAAAUCACUGAUCUAACUCAAGAACAGAAAGAAAUAACAGACAGAAGACUGAAACAAUUUUUACUUAAGAAUAAUGUUUAA